AUGCUCCUCCAUUUCGCGCCAGCCCUUCAACAACUCCUAGAGCCACCAGAACCAGCUGGUAGUCUUAUUAAGCGCAUAAUCAAGCCAUACCAACGCCUCACUUUUCCCGAAGGCUCGGUGGGCAGGUAGCGGAUGAUGCAGAUUGCCGGCCGAUUUGACUCCUCGCUUUUCAACCCCCUGAGACCACCGUUAGACGCUGCAGUCUUGGUCCUAGAGGCUUGGAUGAUAUUUGGCCAGAAAGCGGAGGGUACUGUUCACCUCCGGCGUUAUAUCCUGAGCCACCUCUAUGCUGAACCGGUUGAGGUGUACGAUAUCAAAGUAAUCUGGGAACACUUCGACCAUGAUAGCGACGUGGUGGAGGCCAUGAUCUCCAACGUGGUCGAGAACUGGGUGGGCGGCGAGUUCAGCGAUAUAGAGAAGCUGAUAAUCAAGCACUACGUACAUGGAAAGAAGGAGCUUGAAGAGCGAAUCUGUCAAGCGAAAGUGGAGUCCCAGAAGAAGAUUGAAGCUCGAGAAGCCAAUCCGCACAGGCGAUUGGAAUUGAACGACGAAGUCCACCCACAGCAGUUGAUGUCUGCGCUGGCGGAAGACACGCACGAAGGGUACUUCAUUUCUCAAUCACGGAGAUUGAGUCUGAGUCAAUCCCACAGUGAGUCAGACUGCGAGCCAUUCCAAUGACCGAACUUCUCGAGAAUCCUCCGCGGAAGCUGCAAUCCAUCGCUCAGAAAGCUCUUCAACUGCCGAAGCAUUAGUCGACGACAAAAACCCCGCCAACCUUCGUCUCCUUUCCAGAACUGUACGCCUAGGUCUGGGUUGGGACCCAGCGGAAGAUAAUCCCGAAUUGGGAGAAUCAGAAGUAGGUUGAACCCUACGAUUGUCCAUGGAGGCGUAUUCUAGCUUGGGAAUAGCCACUGAAAUAGCUGGUACAGUAGCAAAAUCCGUCAAAGUAGGGGGUUCGGUAACAACGGUUGCUAGGUAUUUUCCGAAUUUCAUCCAGAAAAAUGAUAUCCGGUCUCCAGAUGACGACUAGGUGAAACGC